UUCGGAGACAUUUAGCGGGUUAUACACGGCGUGCGUGGUGGCUGAGAGACUCUUCUAUCCGACACAUCAAUACAUUUAAAGAGAAGAACAUGCAGAGCUGCGCUAAGUCGUGGGGUGUUAUCGUCAGCAGGUCGAUGAACGCCCGCGUGCCGUAUUAUAGGCAUAUUUGCAGCAAAGGUGAUGUUUUGAAGAAACUUCAUGGUUUAACUGCAGCUUUAUCUGCAAAUGCUCGCGCUCUGAGCACUUCACAAGUGUUGUGGUCCAGAAAGAUUGAAAGAAUCCUGCCGAGACACGAUGAUUUCUCUGAGAGACACAUUGGCCCGGGUGACAAAGAGAAGCGAGAGAUGCUCAAUACUAUUGCACUUGAGUCUGUUUCCCAGCUUAUAGAAAACACAAUCCCUGCAUCCAUUCGUCUGGGAAGAAGUUUGAAAAUGGACGAUCCUGUGUGUGAAAAUGAAAUUCUUGAGUCACUCCAAAAGAUCGCCUCAAAGAACAAGAUAUGGAGGUCCUACAUCGGAAUGGGCUAUUACAACUGCUCUGUUCCACAAGUCAUACAAAGGAACCUACUUGAGAAUUCUGGAUGGGUGACACAGUACACACCCUACCAGCCUGAAGUUUCUCAGGGGCGUUUAGAGAGCUUGCUCAAUUAUCAGACGAUGGUCUGUGACAUCACUGGAAUGGCAGUAGCCAAUGCGUCGUUGCUGGAUGAAGGCACUGCAGCUGCAGAGGCUAUGCAACUCUGCCACAGGCAAAACAAAAGAAGAACAUUCUACAUUGACCCUCGCUGUCAUCCUCAGACUAUUGCAGUUGUGCAAACCAGAGCCAAUUACAUUGGUGUGAAGACCGUUCUCAAACUUCCUCAUGAGAUGGACUUCAGUGGAAAGGAUGUUAGCGGUGUGCUCUUCCAGUACCCCGAUACUGAGGGCAGGGUGGAAGAUUUCACUGCACUUGUUGAUCGGGCUCACAAGGGGGAUGCACUGGCUUGCUGUGCCACAGACUUGCUGGCUCUCUGCGUGCUGCGUCCUCCAAGUGAGUUUGGAGUAGACAUCGUCUUGGGCAGCUCUCAGCGCUUUGGAGUGCCUCUCUGCUACGGUGGGCCUCAUGCUGCAUUCUUUGCAGUCAAAGACAAUCUGGUCAGGAUGAUGCCAGGAAGGAUGGUUGGAGUGACCAGGGAUGCAGCUGGAAAAGAGGUUUAUCGCCUGGCUCUCCAAACCAGAGAACAGCACAUCCGCAGAGACAAAGCCACUAGCAAUAUAUGCACAGCCCAGGCUCUUCUUGCAAACAUGGCUGCUAUGUAUGCUUUGUACCAUGGACCUCAAGGUUUGAGGCACAUUGCAGAGAGAACCCACAAUGCCACCUUGAUUCUAGCUGAAGGGCUGAAAAGAGCUGGGCACAAACUCCAGCAUGAGAACUUCUUUGACACGCUUAGGAUUAACUGUGGUGUGGCUGGCAAGGACAUUUUAGAAAAAGCCAUGCAGCGGGAGAUCAACCUACGGUUCUACAGUGAUGGAGUGCUUGGUGUGUCUCUGGAUGAAACGGUCACUGAGAGAGACUUGGACGAUCUGCUCUGGAUCUUUGGAUGUGAAUCCUCAGCUGAGCUUAUUGCUGAGAAGAUGAGUGAGAGAACUAAAGGACUGUUGGCAAGUCCUUUCAAGAGAACCAGCAAUUUCCUCACCCAUCCUGUGUUUAACAGUUAUCAUUCAGAGACCAAUAUUGUACGCUACAUGAAGCGUCUGGAAAACAAAGAUAUUUCCCUUGUGCACAGUAUGAUUCCACUGGGCUCUUGCACAAUGAAGCUGAACAGCUCAUCAGAACUCAUGCCGAUCACCUGGAGAGAAUUUGCAAACAUCCACCCCUUUGUGCCUUUGGAGCAGGCUGAAGGUUAUCAGCAGCUCUUCAGACAGCUUGAGAGAGACCUUUGUGAGAUUACAGGAUAUGAUAAGAUCUCCUUUCAACCAAACAGUGGUGCACAGGGGGAAUACGCGGGCCUGGCUGCAAUUAAAGCCUAUCUGAACUCCAAAGGAGAAUCUCACAGAACAGUUUGCUUGAUUCCUAAGUCAGCUCAUGGAACGAACCCUGCCAGUGCUCAGAUGGCGGGCAUGAAAGUUCAGGUUGUGGAGGUAGACAAAGAUGGCAACAUUGAUGUGGCUCAUCUUAAGGCCAUGGUGGACAAACAUAAGGCAAACUUGGCGGCCAUAAUGAUCACAUACCCCUCCACUAACGGUGUGUUCGAGGAGAAUGUCAGUGAAGUGUGUGAGCUCAUUCAUCAGAACGGUGGACAAGUCUACCUGGAUGGCGCCAACAUGAAUGCACAGGUGGGAUUAUGUCGACCGGGAGACUAUGGCUCAGACGUUUCUCACUUGAACCUCCACAAAACCUUCUGCAUCCCUCACGGUGGUGGUGGCCCUGGGAUGGGACCAAUAGGAGUGAAACAGCAUCUCGCUCCCUUCCUUCCCAAUCAUCCAGUCGUGAACAUCCAGUCCAGCAAUGCAUUGUGUUCUCUGGGCACCAUCAGUGCUUCUCCCUGGGGCUCCAGUGCCAUCCUGCCUAUCUCAUGGGCUUAUAUUAAGAUGAUGGGUUCAAAGGGUCUUGCGCACGCUACGGAGGUGGCCAUCCUUAAUGCCAAUUACAUGGCUAAAAGACUUGAAAAUCACUACAAAAUUCUUUUCAGGGGCUCAAAAGGCUUUGUUGCACAUGAAUUUAUUUUGGAUGUGCGUCCAUUUAAAAAGACUGCAAACAUUGAGGCAGUUGACGUAGCAAAAAGACUGCAAGAUUACGGUUUUCAUGCGCCUACCAUGUCCUGGCCUGUGCCUGGAACUCUAAUGAUUGAGCCCACAGAGUCGGAGGACAAGGCUGAGCUGGACCGAUUCUGUGACUCGCUGCUGGCAAUUCGACAAGAAAUUGCAGACAUUGAGGAGGGCAGAAUGGAUUCAAGGGUUAAUCCUCUCAAGAUGGCUCCUCACUCAUUGGCCUGUAUUACCUCCACCACAUGGGACAGACCUUACUCCAGGGAGUACGCUGCUUUCCCCAUGCCUUUUGUGAGACCUGAGACCAAGUUCUGGCCAACAAUUUCAAGGAUCGAUGACAUCUAUGGAGACCAGCAUCUCGUCUGCACCUGCCCACCCAUGGACAUCUAUGAGUCUCCAUAUGAAGAAAGGGCUUCCUCAUGACCACAUUACACACAUCAUCAUUAUCCAAACGAACCAUUCCCAUCAAAUAUGGUACGAUUCAUCUCUUCCCUGUGAUUACAGUUUCUUUGGUAAUGUUUUUGGUGCCUCAGAUUAUCUAUUGCAUAUAAUGCACAAAUAGCUGGCCUUGCCCCGCUCUUCUGUUACUCUACUAAAACAAUCCAAAUCUGAUUCAGAUACUGUAAUCUACCUGUAUAAUGGUUCUUUUUUUUUUUUUUUUUUUUUAAGAUAUAUAUAUAUAUUUUUAUUUACGGUAUGAAAAUGUUUGGGUGUUUUUGGUCUGUAUGUAGGCUUAACUUGCUAGCACUGUUCUCAAUGUUAACACAAAUUUUUAUAGAUGUAAUGUUUUCGAAUUAUUUAAGAAAUUGUACUAGAGCCUGUUUGUUGCAAUUUAAUAAAUAUUUUAAAAGGGA